AUGAAUACACGAAGGGCUAACACUAGAAGAAUAGAGGGUGACAAUGUGAAUAAAGAAGCUCCUCAAGCUAAUCAAGCUCUGAUUGAUCCUUUGGCUAUGUCAGAUGUGGAGGUUAGACCAGCUUUUCAAAUGUUGGCUCAAGCUAUGACAACUCAAGCUCAAGCUUUGAGGGAAGCUAAGGUGGAAGAGUUCAUUCACCUUCGUCAAGGAAGCAUGAGCGUGAAAGAGUAUGCACUAAAGUUCACUCAAUUGUCCAAGUAUGCUCCAACUAUGGUGGCAGAUUUGAGGGAUGAGAUGAAUAGGUUUUUGACGGGUGUGUCCGGCUUGGUAGUAAAAGAAUGUUGUUCGACAAUGCUCUAUCAUGAUAUGGAUAUCUCACGUCUUAUGGUGCAUGCCCAUCAAAUGGAGGAAUUAAAGUUUAAGGAGAAGAGUAGGGAGGUGAAGAGAGCUAGGACUGUUGAUGGGAACUUCUCCAAUGCUAGGUCCGAUGAACAAGGUAAACCAAGGUUCAAACAAAGGUUCAAACAAAGGUUCUCCAAUCAAGGUUUCUCUCAUCCUUCCCCAAGGGUCAACAAAGAUAUGGUGUCUAACCGUAAACCCCAAGGAGGAAAUGGAGGCGGUUCUUCUUUUGAAAGAUCUACAUGUGCCAAAUGUGGGAAGGAACAUGCGGGUAAGUACCUAGCCAACACAGAUGGUUGCUUUGGGUGUGGAAAGAGUGGUCACAAGAUGACAGAUUGA